AUGCAUGAGGGAAAGAGGAACCUCACCUGGACUCCAAGGGACACCGGAGCCCUGUGCAACCAGGCCGGAGCAGAGCUGACUUUAUCAACAUCAAUUAUCUACAAGCACGAAGACAGGUUGUCCCCAAAGAUCGGCUUCCCCUGGAGUGAGAUCAGAAACAUUUCCUUCAACGACAAGAAGUUUGUCAUCAAGCCCAUCGACAAGAAAGCCCCAGAUUUUGUAUUCUACGCCCCUCGGUUGCGGAUCAAUAAGCGCAUCCUGGCGUUGUGCAUGGGAAACCACGAGCUGUACAUGAGGAGGAGGAAGCCCGACACCAUCGAGGUGCAGCAGAUGAAGGCCCAGGCCCGGGAGGAGAAGCACCACAAACAGAUGGAGAGAGCUCAGCUGGAGAACGAGAAGAAGAAACGAGAAUACGCGGAGAAGGAGAAGGAUCGGAUAGAGAGAGAGAAGGACGAGCUGCUCGAGAGGCUGAGGCAGAUCGAAGGGCAGACGCAGAGAGCUCAGAAAGAGCUGGAGGAGCAAACGCGCCGGGCGCUGGAUCUGGAGCAGGAGAGGAAGAAAGCGAAGGAGGAGGCGGAGCGGCUGGAGAGAGAGAGGCAGGCGGCCGAGGAGGCCAAGGCAGCGCUGGCUCAGCAGGCUGUAGACCAGAUGAAGAACCAGGAGCAACUGGCUGCUGAGUUAGCGGAGUUCACUGCCAAAAUCUCUCUGCUCGAGGAAGCCAAGAGGAAAAAAGAAGAUGAAGCAACAGAAUGGCAACACAAAGCGUUGUCAGCACAGGACGACCUGGAGAAGACCAGAGAGGAGCUGAAGUCGGCCAUGACGUCUCCUCCGGCGCCAGAAAACGAUGAGGAGGACGAAACGAGGGCCGAGGCGAGCGCCGAGCUCCUCAGCGAGGGCUUGAUCCACCACAGCGAAGAGGAGCGCGUCACUGAGGCGCAGAAGAACGAGCGCGUCAAGAAACAACUGCAGGUUCUGAGUUCAGAGUUGGCCGAGGCCCGUGAUGACACCAAGAAGACUCAGAACGACAUGCUGCACGCUGAGAACGUCCGGGCGGGAAGAGACAAAUACAAAACCCUGCGCCAGAUCCGCCAGGGCAACACAAAGCAGCGCAUCGAUGAGUUUGAGUCCAUGUGAGCCGUGGAAGAAGGGUGGACACCACGAUGAAAAGAGACCGUUUAGUCUGCCAUGUCAACGCCUCACACAAACCUGCUGCCUCCCCAGGAACUCCUGAUCUUAUUUUUCUAUCCAGGAGAAAGACCGGCUGACGGGCUUUGUAGCUACGCCAAAGCUCUGCCUAGCAGUGGUUGGCCAAUCACACUGCUUCCUGCUUUUUAGAGCUCCGCCCCCAUCCCCCCAACAACGCACACGUCUUUUAAUCUGUCGGAAAAAUAGCAAGCAACAUAUCCUGGCAUGAACCUGGACUUCUCCCCCCUUUUACAGUACUGACAGUUUUAAAGCUUGCAUGUAUGAUAGUUAAACAACAGGACCUUUAGACACAACCCGAGGAUUGGUUGAUGUCGUGCUUUGACUCAACAAAAUGAAAAGGCCAUUUGUAGCUCGUCGAUGUUGCCGGCACGGUUUUCCGUAACGCUUUAAUAUCUGUUCCUUUUAUGUCAACAAUUUAAAUAAUUUGUUUAAAAAAGAAAACCUGCCUUAUCGUCUCAUUUCCUUUCAGUCUGGGGUUACUUUUUGUUGUCUUGUGUUAGGAAAGUCAGACAUUUAGUUAUCAUUGUUCUGUUAAUAUUAUAUCAGCUAAUUUGUUUCUUCUUCUUGAAUGGUUGUCAGUUUACAAAUGCUCACUCUGAUGAGAAAACUAGAUUUGCUUAUUUUACACUGCAUUCAGUUAGACAUUUGUUCAAAUAUAUAUUUUGCCCCACAAUAAAGAAUGAAUUUAUAUUUCUAACUUUGAAGCCACAGUAUGAUGAUGAGUCCGGACUGAGGUAGAUUUGGAUUCAUUCAUAGAAGAUUUUGUGUCAGAUAUAAAUGUUCGUAACCUGA